CCGUGUUUAAAGGCUGCCGACUCUCCUGCUUCAUGACAAAUGAACCGAGAAACAGUCGUGAACACAUAUUCUCUCAAGACACGAAGGAAAGCUCGUUCUUCUUCUGCAAGAUGGUGAAGGAGAGCAGCAACGGGAACUCUGAUGUUGAGUCGGAGGCGCCUCCCAGGUGCAGCCUGUCCUGCCUCGGUCCUCUAACCUUCCACCCUCGGGCCGCGGGCGACCAGGUGCGCCUGAGCCGAGGGUGCCGCCUCGCCGAGAGGACGGGCGCCACGUUCAAGAACGGCCUGGUGUUCAGCAGCCGCCCGGUGAAGACCCAGGAGAGACUCCGCCUCCGGGUGGAGAAAGAAUCGCACAACUGGCAAGGCGCCCUGCGCGUGGGCUUCACCAACGUGCCGCCCACGGCCAGAUCUCUGCCGCUGCCCGUCAUGGCCAUCCCCGACCUCACCGACGUCCCGGGACACUGGGCUGUUCCUGUGCACGAAUCCCACUGCCAGGCGGGUUCGGAGCUGCAGUUCUGGGUCUCUCACGGAGGCUCCGUGUACGUCUCCAGCAGCAACACCGAGGCGCAGAAGGUGCUGACAGGGGUGGACCUCAGCCUGCCGCUGUGGGCCAUGAUCGAUGUCUACGGGCAGACGCGCGCCAUUUUUCUCCUGGGCUCAGAGAAAAGGGAUCUGCUUCGCACCAGACGGUCCUGUCCUGCACCUGAAUGCCUCACCUCGCCUGACGUUGACAACCACUACAGUUUGUCUCGAGUCUCGAGCUUCGGUGGAAACAGCGAUGAAUGCAUCUCCCUUCUGGAAGUCCCAGCAGGUGGAGGCUGCGUGUCCGACUGUGUGGUGUGCUUGGAGAAACAGGCCAGGAUCACGCUGCCUUGCGGCCACCGCUGUUUGUGUAACGCAUGCGCCUCCAGAGUCUUGCAGGACUUUGGCACGUGCCCGCUGUGCCGACACCAGAUCAGAGCUCCGGCGGAGGAGAGGAGGAGAUGUCGCUGACACCCGGCAGGAAUCACCAAAAAAAAACAAGCUACCACUGACUGUAACGCAGGAAACACUUUGAGGAGCAGCAACCUAACGAGUGCUGGUUGCUGCAGCGAUUGAAGCCGAGCCAGAAACCUUUGUUACGUCAUUCAGCACUCUCUUCCAUAGAUCUAUAUACCUUCCUAAAAUAAUUGCCUAAGUCAUUUUUUUAACAAAAAUGAUUUUGUUGCCUAAAUCAUCUCCUCAUGGUGCUGGCCACCUCUGGUAAAAUCGCCUACAUCCUCAGUUGAACAGGUCAUGUGAUUCUACACCUUUAGUAUAACUGCCUAUGUCAAGCAUGUGACUUAGGCAGUUUUAUUUUUUUUGUUUUUCCGAAAAACCUGAAAAAAUGACUUUUAACAAAAAUGAUUUCUUUGCCUA